GCGAGCACAAGCGCUUGGUCCGCACCCAGUGAGAGCUUGGUGCUAAGUGCAGCCCACUCGAGCUGCUAUGUUACGUCGCGGCCAAUGGGUUCAUCGAGCGCAUCCUCUGCAAUGACGAGCAGUGUCGUGUCGUCAUCCGCGACUGGCGCCACUGCGAUGGGACAAGCGGCCGAGAUUUUGCGCACGCCCAGCUGGCGACGCAGCGAAAAGGCAAAGUCAGCUCAGUUUGCCUUUUACACGAUGUUGAAGUCGACGCUUCUGUGCGCGACCGUCGCGCUGGCCGCGGCUGGCGGCCUCCCGCCCGUGUGCCCGCCCAAGUUUGACUACAACAUUGACUACUACGGCAACGAUUUGCGCUGGACGACGCGCUCCAACCCGAGCGACUGCUGCAUGGACUGCAUCGAGACGAUCAACUGCUGGAUCUUCACAUGGUACAACGGCCACUGCUACCUCAAGGGCAAGAUGGCCCAGCAGACGUACUGCAACGGCUGCGUUGUCGGUGUCAUGGACGCACCGCCGAUCAGCGCCAUCAACCCCAACGCCAACACGACCCAGCCGAGCACGACCCAGCCGAGCACGGCCACUCAGGCGCCACCCUCGACGACGCCUGUGCCCAAGGCGACUGCCGUCUUCCAGUACAGCAACCUCAAGGGCAGCGGCUCGUACAGCAUGGUGACCGAGCUCGAAGGGUGCCAGAAGACGUCGGUGACCACGUCCGGCCCCAUCGCGCCGUUCCAUGAAGACGUGAGCAUGGUCUUCCGCGGGCCCAUGGACAUCUACAACAUUGCCGUCUUUCAGAAGGGCGGCAACGGCUGGACCAAAACCUCCAAGUAUGGCGGUGGCGCAGCGAGCAACCUUGUUUUUAUGAACAAUGCCAACCCGGACAAGUUCAACGGCAAGGCGCCGCAGGGCUACGCCUCGGUCGACGGCGUGACGUUCUCCAAGUCGGCGCAGGCGUUCAGCGGCGCCCUCCAAGCUGCUUCCGACCCGAGCAACAUCUACGGCGGGCCCGGUAUUGCGACCGGCGCCGAAGUCAACAUCAUGCAGGAAGCCAAGUGCACGCCCGAGACGUGCAAGGGCUUUUAUGAUGGCACGUACGGUCUCCAAGGCUGGGCGGGCAGCAAGAUCUUUGCCACCAAAGUCAAGAUGGGCGAGAGUGGUCUCCCCGCAAUCUGGAUGCUGCACGGCCAAGUGGUUCGCGCCAACCAGUACGGCUGCAACUGCCGCGGCCUCGCCGACCCUGGUGGCUGUGGCGAGCUCGACAUUGCUGAAGUGCUCACGCCCGGCGCGUCGACGCUUGCGACACACUACUACUACUUGGACACACACCCGUCGCCCGGAAAGGACACGUGGGCCAACGUGCUGCCCAACCAGGAGGUGACAUACGUCACGAUCCUCGACGAGGCGUCCGGCGUCAUCAAGGUCCUGCAGUUUCCCGGUGAUGCCUUCAGCGUCUUCUCGGGCGACAGCUUGUCGGCCGAAAGCGUCGCUGCGCUCUUGGCCCAGUAAACAGAUAUACGACAAUACGAUUGUCUAAUUUAACCUAACCCCACUCCACCACCUCCAACGGCUCGACUUCUGUUUGUCGGCAAGGAAUCGACUGGCUUCGAUUCAAGCCAAUCCAGCAUCACUCCAAGUGGUAUUUUGAAUAAAUGUAAUCGUGUAG